GGUGCUGCUGCGCAUGCGCAGGCGGUCCAGUCCCUGAAUAUUCACGGUAGCCGCCUCCGCCGAGGUCGGCCCUGGAUUUGAGUCUCGCGCUCUCUUCGUUCGCUUACCGGCGGGUUCCGUCCCCAUCUCGCGCCCUGAGACGGCGAGGCUGGGGAAGGGGUUGAAAGGGCUGUUGAUCGCCGCCUUUAACUUGUGCGUGGGGCGGCCAUGUCUGCCGGCGAGGUGGAGCGCCUGGUGGAGCUGAGCGGCGGGACCGGAGGGGAUGAGGAGGAAGAGUGGCUGUAUGGCGGCCCGUGGGACGUGCAUGUGCACAGUGAUUUGACAAAGGAUCUAGAUGAGAAUGAAGUUGAAAGGCCAGAAGAAGAAAAUGCCAGUGCUAAUCCUCCAUCUGGGAUCGAAGAGGAAGCUGCUGAAAAUGGUGUGGCGAAACCGAAAGUGACUGAGACUGAAGACGACAGUGAUAGUGACAGUGACGAUGAUGAAGAUGAUGUUCACGUCACUAUAGGAGACAUCAAAACGGGAGCGCCACAGUAUGGGAGUUAUGGAACAGCACCAGUAAAUCUUAACAUCAAGGCAGGGGGAAGAGUUUAUGGAAAUACAGGAACCAAAGUCAAAGGAGUGGACCUUGAUGCACCUGGCAGCAUUAAUGGAGUUCCACUGUUGGAAGUAGAUUUGGAUUCUUUUGAAGAUAAGCCAUGGCGGAAACCUGGUGCUGAUCUUUCUGAUUAUUUUAAUUAUGGCUUUAAUGAAGAUACUUGGAAAGCUUACUGUGAAAAACAAAAGAGAAUUCGAAUGGGACUGGAAGUUAUACCUGUUACUUCAACGACAAACAAGAUUACGGUACAGCAAGGGAGAACUGGAAAUUCAGAGAAAGAAGCAGCACUUCCAUCUACAAAAGCUGAGUUUACGUCUCCACCAUCACUGUUCAAGACUGGUCUGCCACCAAGCAGAAACAGCACCUCUUCUCAGUCUCAGACAAGUACUGCCUCCAGAAAAGCCAGUUCAAGCGUUGGGAAGUGGCAGGAUCGAUUUGGGAGGGCCGAGUCACCUGAUCUAAGGAGAUUACCUGGAGCAAUUGAUGUCAUUGGUCAGACAAUAACCAUCAGCCGAGUAGAAGGAAGACGGCGUGCAAAUGAGAACAGCAACAUACAGGUUCUUUCUGACAGAUCUGCCACCGAAGUAGACAACAAUUUCAGCAAACCACCUCCAUUUUUCCCUCCAGGGGCUCCUCCUACUCACCUCCCUCCUCCUCCAUUUCUUCCACCUCCUCCAACUGUCAGCACUGCUCCACCUCUGAUUCCACCUCCAGGUUUCCCCCCUCCACCAGGCGCUCCUCCUCCAUCUCUUAUACCGACAAUAGAAAGUGGCCAUUCCUCUGGGUACGACAGCCGUUCUGCACGAGCAUUUCCCUAUGGCAAUGUUGCCUUUCCCCACCUUACCAGUUCCGCUCCUUCAUGGCCUAGCCUUGUGGACACCACCAAGCAGUGGGACUAUUAUGCACGGAGAGAAAAAGAUCGAGAUCGAGACCGAGACAGAGAGCGAGACAGAGAGCGAGAGCGAGACCGGGACAGGGAACGGGAGCGCACGCGGGAGCGAGAGCGGGAGCGGGACCACAGCCCCACCCCAAGUGUCUUCAACAGUGAUGAAGAACGAUACAGAUACAGGGAGUAUGCAGAGAGAGGCUAUGAGCGCCAUAGAGCUAGUCGGGAGAAAGAAGAGCGGCACCGAGAACGACGGCACAGAGAGAAGGAGGAAACAAGACACAAGUCCUCCCGCAGUAAUAGUAGACGCCGUCAUGAAAGUGAAGAAGGGGACAGCCACAGAAGACACAAACACAAAAAGUCUAAAAGAAGCAAAGAAGGAAAAGAGGCUGGCAGCGAGCCUGUUCCCGAACAGGAGAGCGCCGAAGCCACACCUGCUGAGUAGGCUCCACCUCUUGUAUCCAUCGUUGAUUUUAUAAAAAAGUACCAGGCCAAGAAGCAAUGGUGAGAGUGAUUCUCCCUUUAAGUUCUUUGAGCAUCCUUGCCAAGCAAGCGUGGACCAUGCCCGACGUACUUCUACCGUUGACAGCGAGAAGAAUGUCACCACAUCUAAAAAAAACCAAACAAACAAACAAACAAACCACAGCAUUGUGAUCAGAACUACUUCAUGGACUUGGGUGGUAGUCCUAAAGUUUGCCAUAUUUGUCCAUUUUAAUCCUGAUCUGAUUUUCCUUCUUCACGUAAAUUCUCCAAGCUCCACCCAGCUUGUGUUAGAAGGUAUAGUAGUAGAUAGGAAUUUGCAAGGCCGGACCAAGGACCAUAGUUGUGGAUUUCUUCCUGCCUAACUAGUACACUCAUGUUUCAAUUUCUCACUCUUUAGGAAAGUAUAACCUAUGUUAUCGUUCAAGUGGGGCCAAGUUUUUACAUGCAGAAAACAUAAUACUUGAAUAUUAUUUUUUGCUAAGUAAUCAUUACCUAAUUCUUCCAUCAUUGUAUGCGGGUGUUCCUUCAACGAUGGAUUUGAUAAAAAACGGUUUGUUACCACUGUAUUCUUCAUAACCUCCCACAAUGCAGAAACCCAGACUUCCAGCUGUGUUCCUUCGCAGUAUCACAUCUUUACAGUUAUAUAAGUACCUGAAAUAGAAUGUGAUUAGUGUAUGUACAGUUGAGUUUACUAGUUGUGACUUCUCUCAGUUUUUGGGGGGACACUUUGAAAAUGAAAAAUACUGCAUAUGUCUCCCUCAGAAAUGACAGCAACUUUUUAUGCUCUUAGUUUUUGAAUUGAUCUCUCUUUUCCAUAGCAGAAUACCCUUUCAACAAAAGGACUUAGUACCAUGUUCUAUUCAUGUCUCUGCUGAGGAAAAUGGCCAAGGACACAGUAAUGCAUGAGCCAAAAGUUGGAUGUGUCUCAGUACUUCUAAUGAUAACCCACAGUGGAACAUACUGAGGGAAUAUAAUUUCUAUAUACUUGGGGGCUUACAUGAUUUUUAAAGAAGACAAAUAUUCUCUGACUUAGCGAUUAAUUGCAAGGACAAUAAUUUUAACUCAUGCUAAUGCACUCCAUUAUGUUGUCGACUUUCUAUUGACCCUUAGAAAAUACUGGUUUAUACUCACACAAACUUAGAGAAGACUGUACACAAAGUGAAUGGAAACUGGGCCAAAAAUAGUGGAGCAGUCGUUGUAGGAAAAGAACAUGGCAUAGCUGCAGCAGAGAGUACAGAGGAAAGGCAGGAGGAGCACAGCUGGCCUGAGAACCAGCACAGCCUUCAGCUAGGAUAGUCCAGGCCGUCCGAGCUAAGUGCAAGCAGCUGCGUUACAGUAGACAGUGUGUUGGAAGAUGAGGUUGCUCUAGGACCCCUUGUCUACCACAUGUGUAUCUAUGGUCUAGGAACUGCUUUUGACUGGAAGACUGUUUUUAUGUUGGUAGAAAUGAAGAUGUUUUGUUUCUAGACUGUACCUUAAAAUAAUCAGUUGCUUUUUGAUAAUAAAAAUGAUCUUGUGAAAUGUUAAGCAAUGAAGUUUGAUUACUACACUGAUUGCUGAGCCUUCUUGUCAUUUAACAACUGUGAUGGCUAAUACAAUAGCCUAUUUUAUACUAUUCCUUUCAUUUGAAAUAAGCCCAUUUUUUUUUUGUUUUGUUUUAAAGGUAUUGAGGUACAUCAUGUACAAGAUUUUCCUUCAUUGAAAUGCUUAAGAAAAAAACAAAUUUCACUUAGUGACAACUCCUUUCUACUCUUAAGUACUUGUCUUAACUCCCACAAACCUUUGUGAGCAGCACACACAUCCUGUGGGAGCUGCGGUGUGUGUACUAGAUGCCACACUGUUUAUUCAGAUUUAUCUGACUAUAGAAAAAGCAUCACACAUUCCCACCUUGGUUGAUAUGUGCUCCCCCCCUUUUGGGGGUGGGUAGGAAAGUAGUAAUUAAAUAAUUCUGUCCAGAGGUAUGAGCCUCUUCCGUCCUAACACUUUAGAACAUAUAAACGUAACUAGGUAUGUGGAACAGUCUCUGAAACUGAAAUGCUUCUCAGUCUUUGGACCAUUGGGGGGGGGCUUGUUUUGUGUGUUUUUUUGUUUUUAUUUUUUCGGUA